AUGACUGUUGUUCGUUCUAACGAUCCUUCCCACCCAUUCACAUACACUGUCCCUACAGCACGAACUGUCUACCUCUCUCGGAAGCCCCGACAUUGGAGAAAGGGGUACAAAUCACCUUCCUCCCAAGGAAAACUGGGGAACUACCUGGGGAAAAUUACGUCCAUCGUCACGGGAAGCCCUGCUUCCUUUCGUUUUCCUUAUCGUCUCAACCCCUUGAUUUUAUACCGCUCUCGCGAUCCUACCUCAAUCUUCUAUGAUAUCCGUGUACGACCCUCUCCGGACCUCGGUCUGAUACCCCAAUCCGUCGGGGAUGUUUACGAACUCGCAACUUCCCCUCCUACCCAACGCCUCCUCAUUUGGCAUCCCAAACUACCCUGGAAGAUUAAGAUUCAAUCCAACUCUCCCAACGGAAUUUCCGUUAUGGACGUCUUGAUUGGGAUACACGAACAGCUGAGGUGUACCAUCGGCCAUCACGAGUAUUAUACUGUAGAGCUGACGUCGGAAGACCGGCAGAGGCUUAGUGAUGCUUUUCAGGUGCGCUGUGGUGGCGACCCCGUCGAAAUGGUUGGCGGUGUCCGCCGAAUCGACUUUCUUGGCCUAGAAUCCUGCUUCGUGGGUCUUUCCCGUAGCCGCAAUGAAACAUGGGAGAUGAAGACGGCGAUUCCUCCGCGCCAAAGGAUGAUCAUUGAUUGA